AUGUCUGGAAAGCAGCAAUUACGUAUAUUAGUCCCAGUGAAAAGAGUGGUUGAUUAUCAAAUUAAACCACGAGUAAAUAAGGCUUUGACCGGAAUUGAGACUAAUGGUAUUAAAUUCAGUAUCAACCCUUUUGAUGAUAUUGCAGUCGAGGAAGCUAUCAGAAUCAAGGAGAAGAACAAGAACUUAGUGGAAUCUACGCAUGCUGUUUCUAUCGGCCCCACUAAGGCCCAAGAUAUCCUAAGAAAUUGUCUCGCAAAGGGUAUAGACACCUGUAGUYUAAUUGAUUCCAUGGAUAAAGAAAACAUAGAGCCUUUAGCAAUUGCCAAAAUCUUGAAAGUCGUCGUUGAAAAAAGAGGUUCCAACUUGGUAUUGAUGGGUAAGCAAGCAAUUGACGAUGACUGUAACAAUACCGGUCAAAUGUUGGCAGGUUUAUUGAAUUGGCCGCAGGCAACAAAUGCAGCCAAAGUGGAAUUUCUGGACAACGGUAGAGUCCAAGUAACAAGAGAAAUCGAUGACGGUGAAGAGGUCAUCGAAGCCCCCUUGCCAAUGGUCAUAACCACGGAUUUAAGAUUAAAUACCCCACGUUAUGUAGGACUGCCCAAAUUAAUGAAGGCUAAAAAGAAACCUAUUGAGAAAUUGGACAUAAUAAAGGAUUUUCCCGGUAUCAAUAUUGAACCGCAAUUAAACACUAUAUCCAUUGAAGAACCAAAGACUAAGCCACCUGGUGUGAAAUUGAACUCUGUAGAUGAAUUGAUCGAAAAGCUAAAAGAAGCCAAGGUCAUAUAA